UUAACACUCCAACGAGGAAGCAACCUCUGCCUGCCAUUCUUCUUCCCCAACACUCAAUCCUCACUCAAUAGAUCUGGACAAAACCCCGCCCUCGAACACUCUUUCUCUCCGACGAAGACAAUUUUCGUCCUGGACUGCUAGAAGUCGGAGCUACUACCACCAGCUCUCUCGGCUUCAUCAAUCAUCAUCGGCCACUGCGUCUAAGAACCGGUUGACCAGAAAGGUGACGGCGGCUAGAUCUCAAGCCAUCGUCGACGGUAGCAUAACGGAUCAGCACUCACUGUCAUUGUUGUUGACCUUCCGCGAACCGGAAAAAGCAAAGAAAAUCUACUCCUCCCCUGCCUCCUCUCACUAUGACUUGGACAUAACCGCCGCUGUCGAACCGAUCCUCAAAGCAGCAGUGAAGCCGAAGGCGCAAACUGCUCAUGGGAUGCUUAUGAUGGCAGUCGUGAAGGAGUUGGUGCGCUCAACAGAUGGAGAAGAAGUAUAGAGCAUAACUCUUUGACGUCAGCCCUCCAUUUGCCAGAAACCACCGACCGUGAAAGCGAGAGGAAGAGGGAGAGCACCAACCAACCAUCUGCAUAAAUUUAUGUUCUUUUCGAGUUUGAAUCUUCGUUCUCUAGAAUUUGGCGAGCUAUAGUUCAGGCUUCUAAAUUUUGGUUGGGUAAUUGAGUUUCCAGGUAAAGUAGGAAUCUUGGGAUCUGAUUGUGGUUCAAUUCUCUCAACAGUCCGCACAGCGACGACUUGGAUGACAUGUGUUACUUUUCGAUCUAAGAAGCUUCACAAAAAAAAAUGGCCUUCCAAAGUUUUGCGACUCUCAGGAGCAAACCAUGAGUUGGAAGAACAUGGGGUUCGAUCAAUAUUUGAAGAGUGCGGUGUUACGAAAAUGUACUUUGCUCCUUUGUAUUGGCUGCUUCUACGCGGGAUCCUCUUCUCGGACAGGUUAGUAAACCGACAGCAAGUGAGGCUGGUGAAAGUGCAGACCUUAUUAAAAACUCAAGACAAUGCAAAUAAACAAAAGGAAAGAACUUCAGAUGAACCUGCACAUAUCUCCUCAAAGAGUGUGCAAUCAGCCAAGGGAAGAACACGAUGAGAAGAAACUUAGGGAAUUGACAGGACCAGCAAAGCUUUUGCAAGGUAGGGAAGGUAGUUGAUUGGUAUUGGGACGAAGAAGGAAGAAACACAUCUAAGUAAGGGGAUUCGUCAUGGUUGGUUGCUUAUUUUCAGAGUGUUGUUUGGAUGCUUAUGAUCGGAACAUGUUCACUGGUUGUUGUCGCCAACCUACUCUCAAUAUGUUCCUCCCACAGGUUUUCGGUGAUCCAUGGGAUUUAGCAGGUAGCUUACAUGCUUAUUAAGGACUCAGAAGUCAGCUAGGUCCUUUCUUCUGCCUUUUGCUACAAGGAUCUCGUUCUUUUUCUCCUUAUUUUCCUCAGCAACAAUCCGAGUAUAAAAUAAACCAAUCUAAUCGACAAGGUAGGUCUUUCAUCUUUUCCCAACUCGCUAGACCCAUCAAGAUGUCAUCUUAUUAUCCAAACUCUCCAAGAAUAACAAGAAGCAAAGAAGAUUCUGAAGGAAAGCAAUUACAGUUAGCUCCAAAGAAGGCCAAGAAUAAGGCUGCAAAGUGGAAGGAACUCAAUCGGAUGAUAAAGAGGCUUGAAGGAUUUUUACCAGUCACAACUCACAAAGGGUCAUGCUAUUGGUAGUAUUUUGAUAGAGUGAAUUGUGUCUGAAGCAAAAACCUUGAGCAGGUGAGACAAAGAACUGGUGACUGAAGCUAUAGACAUGGACAAUAGCAUCAACAAGUGCGAAAAUGAAGUGGUGAAGUGCAUUUAGUUAGUUCUGUUAUGCCUACAAGAUAACUGAGGG